UCCACGACACACGACGAUUUUUUAUGACGUGGCUUGGUUGGUAAUUUAAAACCGGGCUCGGAGCACAUUAGUACGUGUGUGCGGUGCAUUAUUCCCCUUCUUGCUUGCCUAGCGUAGCCUAGGUUUCACUGAAGUUCAGUCAUGGUUUCCAACAUCAAAAUAUCUCCUGCAGGGUUUGCAUUCAUUUUUAUUGUUGCUGGAUCUAUAAUAUUGUAUACUCAAAGAAGUUGGAGGUACUCAAAGCCAUUUGAAAUGCAAAGUACGGACCAGCAAAUAAGUCUGAAGGAACUGUUGUCGGUGAGCAUUGAAAUGGCUGAGAUGGGAGGCCUAGAAGUAGUCGAAGUGAUGAAGGAAAAGAAACUGAAUGAGAAAAGUAAAGGCGAAACCAGAGAAGGUGCUAACAAUCCAGUGACAGACGGUGAUAUGCGAUCUCACAGAGUAAUGACCCACGGUAUGAAGAAAGCAUUCCCAAAUCUCAAAGUAAUUUCUGAAGAGCAUGAAACCUUAGAGUGGGAUAAAGAUAAAGUUGCAACGCCGAAGAUGGACCGUGAUGAAAUAAAGUCAAUUACAGGGGAUUCUGUUAUCAACAUUGAAGAUAUCACUGUCUGGAUUGAUCCUCUGGAUGCUACUCAAGAAUAUACUGAGGAAUUGUUACAGUAUGUAACCACAAUGGUAUGCGUUGCUGUGAAAGGUGAUCCAGUAAUUGGUGUCAUUCAGUGGGCUUGGGUUGAUAUGGCUAAGUCUAAUGGCUUAGAGAAACCACAGAGCCGGGAAGAUGGGGCUGUCAACCCUGUGAUUAUUGUGUCUAGAAGUCACCAAGGCGCGGUUGAGGAUGUUGCGCAUAAGUCGUUUGGAGAAAAGACUACGGUAAUACCAGCAGGGGGAGCAGGUUAUAAAGUAUUGUCAUUAUUUGAUGGUACUGCGGAUGCCUACGUACAUACCACCUUGAUCAAGAAAUGGGAUAUAUGUGCCGGCGAUGCCAUCAUCCGUGCAUCUCAUGAACAAAUGACAACUCUCCAGGGCCAACUUGUUAAUUACAAUUACGCAUCUAAAGGCGAUGAGAAGAAUGAACACGGCCUGUUGGCAUCACUACAUGACCAUCAACUGUUCCUUGAGAAGCUUGAAGAAGUUGUCAAAGGGUAGAAGUAGGUCCCUUCAUGAUACUGCCCUCCUCCUGAUGUUUUUAUUAAAAAUGAAAUUUCUAUUUUUGUUUAAAUUGUUUGCAAUCAUGAUGGUGAACCUACAAGUAUAACAUAUUGAGUGCCAUUUUUGUAUGGUGUAAUUUUCGCAGCCAUUUACCAAGAGAAAAAUGUAAAUGCAAUUUCACCCAUUAAUGAAGAGGUUGA